AUGGAUUUCGCCGCGUUGAUGUCAAAAGAAAUAGCCAAGGCGAAGGGUUCAACGACCCCAAGCUCAGGCUCAGAACAAAACGGCGCAAAGCCGCCACAAAAGAAGUAUGCCCGUCGCGCAGACGAAGAAGCAGCCCGGAUACAAGCCUACAAGGAAGAACAAGCAAGAUUAGCAAAAGAGCGCGAGGAACGACAAGCGCAAAAGCGCAAGCUGGAAGAAGAAGAGACAGAGCGACGACUAGAGCGAGAGGAGAAGAAGCGACGGCUUGCGGAAGAAUCACGCAAGAAAAGAGAGGAAGAAGAAGCGGCGCAAGAACGCGAACGACGGAAGCGAAUCGGACUGCCUGAGGUGCCCCCGACGCCUAGCGAGAACGAGACGCCUGAGACGGAGGGAGACGGGAAAGAGGAUAUCAGUGAAGAGGAUCUUACCAAAAAACUUCGGGAACUUGGGGAGCCGACCUGUCUAUUCGGGGAGAAUCACCGCGCUCGAUUACGGCGGUACAGGAAGCUGCUUGAGCGUUCUCUGGAAACUCAGAAGAUGUCCGAUGGGUCCAUUCCAACGACGCUGGAGCCGGUUCCUGAGGUGGACAUGAAGAUUCCGACGGCGGUGCCUAAGGAUGCUGAAGGUCGGCACUUCUUGUUCCGCCAGCUUGCUUCAUACUUCAACAUGGUGCUCUUUGAGUGGGAGCUUGCUCUUGCCAAACGAGAUGUGUCGGUGAAGCAGAGUCUGCAGGGACGACAGGCAUACAAUGCGAUGGUGCAGUCGCGAGAGAAUAUGACGCCUCUCUUCCGCAAGUUCGAGAAGGCGGAUGUUGACGAUAGCGUGCUCGAGCAUAUCGUAGAGAUUACCCAUAAAGCUCAGCUGAGGAGAUAUGUUGAUGCUAAUGAUGCUUAUCUCCGAUUGAGUAUUGGAAAAGCAGCAUGGCCUAUUGGGGUUACCAUGGUGGGUAUUCACGAGCGUUCAGCACGAGAAAAACUGCAUCAGGGCGACAAGCAAGCGCAUAUCCUCAGUGACGAAAGCACACGCAAAUAUCUUCAGAGUAUCAAACGCUGUCUCAGCUUUGCUCAGACCCGGUGGCCACCAGACGACCAGCUGCAAAUCAUGGGUUAA